GGGAAGGUGACUAAGAGAACAUCCUCCUUUGGCAAGCGCCACAAUAAGACUCACACUUUGUGCCGCCGUUGCGGAUCUAAGGCCUACCAUCUUCAGAAGUCUACCUGUGGGAAAUGCGGAUAUCCUGCUAAAUGCAAGAGAAAUUAUAAUUGGAGGGCUAAGGCCAAAAGGCCCAAUGCUACUGGGACUGGACGCAUGAGGCAUCUGAAAAAGGUUUACCGGAGAUUCAGGAAUGGAUUCCGUGACGGGACAGCGCCAAAGCAUAAGAGAGCUGCUGUUGCAGCAUCCAGCUCAUCUUAAGGACUCAAAUGUCUGUUUAAAAUAAAUGGUGUCUUUUAUGGAGGAAAAAAAAGAA